AUGACGGUGACGAUGCGGGUUCUCGCGCCGGCUAUGUCAUCGCGAGAACCACACCCUACCACUUACCGAACACAGCGUGAACGGUGGCAGCGGCUACGCCGCCCUGCUCCAGUCAUACUCCGUAUCCCGAGCUCACCGGAAUCAUUGUUCGCAGCGGAAUUCUAUCAGACGCUCGUAGACCUCCACUUGCACCACACCUGGUUCUCUUUCGUGCCCGCCAUGCUCGGCGGCCAUGCCGCUACGGACGCAGCUGCUAAAGCUGUCAUGAAGGUACACACUCUCUCCAACCCGGCGACUUCUCAGUGCAGAGACAAAAUCAUAGCUCAAGGUGACAAUUCCUACGGCAAAGCCAUCGCGGCCUUGCGAAGUUCGCUAGAUGAUUCCGAUUCAGCCUUGGUCUCGGUUGGGCUAUUGUCCCUAUACGAGGUCUUAAUGCGUUCACAGCCCCAGGCAUAUUUCUGGCAUGCCGGCGGUCUAAGCGCCAUGCUUCUGAGUCGACGGAAAACGGGGUCGACGAACGAGCUUACCAGAGCGAUCGUGUACGGUGACACGCAUGGCACGUUCCAGAAGCCGUUGACGAAGGGUGUCGCCAGUCCGUUUGAUGACCCAUUUUGGUUCGAUCUCGAGCCUGCUACUUUUGUGGAAACGAGCGAUGAAACUAAAAGGCUGCGAAAGCUGGGCAACCAGCUACUGAUUAGACUACCCGGUUUGGUUGCGAGAGUACGUGCGCUACGACAGCGAAGUGUCAAAGGUUCGUUCGAGCAGUACUUCUCUCAAACGGCUGAGGUUGCGGACCAGCUGCUUGAUCUCCGGGAUGAUCGAGCAGAGACCGAGCUCCUCCGCAGGGUGGCAGUAAGGGAGACUCGCGAUCCGUUCGACAAAGCCGUUGUACCAUACUCCUUUCAUCAUUUUGCGUCCUCGUACGACAAGGAGACUCUGCUCAUAUACUGGGGUGGCCGUUUAAUGGCAAUCAGACUUUGCAUGGAGCUUGACCGCCUAAGUCACCAAACCAUCAGCAAUCCCGCAACGGCAGCUAGACCCGUUUCCGCGCACGUAGAGGGCGUCGCGGGCGCUCCGGCUGUGCGCGCUUGGGAUCACAAAGGUAUGCUCGACGAACAAGAGCGCAUAACAAUGUCAAUCCUCAUGUGCUGGGAAGAUGGACUCGGGCAAGCCAAUCCUCUCUGUAUGGUGUGGGGAGCGCUCAUUGACAAAAGUACUUUCCGUGGCAAGCCUGCGGCUAUCGUCCGCACAUGGGUCUGGACACGAUAUCAGGAGAGCUUGGCUGGCUGGCCUGUGAAGUACACUAUGCGCAUGAUGGACGAGGAGAGCGAGGCUCUUGCGGGGGGGCCGCUUCUUUGGUGGUUGAGGGAUAUGGUAGUUCCGGACGGGGUGGAAGUGGACAACGGCUGA